CAGGAACUGGCAUGCUCAAAAUAAAUUAUAUCAAUUGAUAUAAAGCGGGACAAAUGGCUGGCUUGGUGUCCUUUCUUGGCGCGAGUCGCGGUUCUGGCUCGAGACCGCCGUCACUUUUCUCGUCCAAUGCAUCUGCGUUUAUUUUCCUCGCUCUGGUUGUUCUUGUAAACACGUGGAACAAGGCGGUCCAAGAUGUUGUGCAAGAACCCUACCUCGAUGAAGUCUUUCAUGUACGCCAAGCGCAGGAAUACUGCGCUGGUAACUGGCGUGUAUGGGACCCCAAAAUCACGACACCGCCAGGGCUGUACCUCGUGUCAUCCUUGCUCAAGUACUGGAGAGGAUGCUCGACCCAGUCACUAAGAUGGCUGAACGGGGCUGUCCUGUAUUGCUUUGUCCGCGAUGAAGUCAAUGCUCUGGUGUGGCAUCUCAAGGGCGGCCGUUACCAAAAGAGCAGUGGCGGUGCCGCUUCGCGUUCGAAUGAAGGCGAACGGUUGCUGUCCGUGCUGAAUAUCUGUCUUUUCCCUGUCCUCUUUUUCUUUGCGGCUUUGUUUUAUACCGAUGUCCUGUCGGUAUAUUUCGUCUUGCGUGCCUACCGGCUCUUUCUCGAGAAGCCCGUGACUGUUAUUGCAGCAUCCGAGUCUCAGCAGUUGAGUCUCGCGAGAAUAGUCAAGGCUUGCUGGAGAUCCGCGUCCUCAGGCAAAAAUCUCAUUCUCCACUGCAUCUUCUCGCUGCUUUUUAGGCAGACGAAUGUUUUCUGGGUAGUAGUGUUCUUGGGCGGUCUGGAGAUAGUGCGCAGUCUGAAAAGACUUCGUCCGGCAUGGUAUUUCCACGAACAGCCUCCGACGUAUCGUCGAGUAAUCAGCACCAGUUGGCGAAAAAUGGGUGUCUAUGACCCUCCCGUUGACGUUGCUACUUUUGAAGAUUACAUCAAGACUGGAAUCUCUCUUAUCAUCUCCACUGUCGCGAAUCUGGAAAUGAUCAUUCCAGCGCUGGUCCCAUACUUUAUCACUCUAGUGACUUUUGCAAGCUUUGUCAUUUGGAACGGCGGCGUCGUCCUGGGCGACAAAUCAAACCACAUUGCGACUAUCCAUCUGCCACAGAUGCUGUACAUAUGGCCAUAUUUUACCUUCUUCUCCCUGCCUCUUCUCUGGCCCUACUUUGUCGGGCUCAUCCUCCCUCGCAAGCUCCGGCCCGGCUUCGUCACUCGCCUCUACGGCCAAACGCGCCAUCCCGGUAUCCUUGUGACCCUCGGGUUUACCGGCGCCAUGCUAUCCGUUAUCCACUUCAACACGAUCAUCCAUCCGUUCACGCUGGCCGAUAAUCGACACUACAUGUUCUACGUCUUCAAACUUCUCCGCGCUCACCCGCUGACCAAGUACCUCGUUGCACCAAUCUACUUGCUCUGCGGCUGGGCCGUGCUCAGCUCUCUCGGCGGGUCCACUACCUCCGCUUCAUCCACUUCUUCCUCCUCGGGCCGAACACUCGUCUUCUCCAAGCAACAAGGCAAAAAGACCAAGGUCGAGAGCAAAACCGACACGGGCAACGGCGCGAGUUUCACCCUCGUCUUCCUUGCCGCAACGACUUUGUCUCUCGUCUCUGCGCCCCUCGUCGAGCCGCGAUACUUUAUCCUGCCGUGGAUUAUAUGGCGAUUGCAUUUACCUAUUGAGUCGCGGUCUCUUCUCGUCCCCCUCGAGUCUGACACUCUUGUGCCCCAAAGUCCCAACGGAACAGUUUCGGCAUCGAAGCAGGUUUCUUCCCCGUCUACUUCCUCCACUCCUACUUCCGCUUCGAAGUCCUCUUCCAAGUCCUCUUCCAAGUCCUCUUCCAAGUCCUCUUCCAAGUCCUCUUCCAAGUCCACGUCCAAAUCAUCUUCCAAGAAAUCCGUCCGCUUCUCUGCUGCAUCCCACCAGAAUACCACCAAGACUGCGGAUAGUACUGCUGCUGGUCAUCGUCGUCCUGAUGAUCCAUCGUCGUCGUCGCCGUCGUCGUCGUCGUCCCGCGUCCCGCUCGUCGCGUGCCUCGUUGCCGAAACGCUCUGGUUCCUCGCCAUCAAUGCCGUCACGGGCUACGUCUUUUUGAACAAUGGCUUCGCCUGGCCCCAGGAACCGGGCAACGUCCAGCGUUUCAUGUGGUGAUUCUUUCUGCUACCUACUACCUACUACCUACCACCUACUUUCUAUUGUCUGGUUGUCUGCUGUCUACUAUUUGGUUGUCUGGUCGUCUGCUGUCUACUUUCUACUUUCUACUAUCUGCUGUCUGCCCGUCUACCCAGUCUACCUUGUCCGCCUGUCCCCCUUGGGUUUCCUCGUGUUGUCUUGCCCUGGGUUGGAUUGGGUUAGAUUGGGUUGGACGGCUCGACUUUAUACCUACCUUGGAUAUCUGUACAUUCAUAUACCCAGCAAACUAACUAGACCCGCUACUCCACUACUCCCUCCAUUUCAUAUGAUCUACCAUCUUUUGAUUUAGUCGCCAAACCUGGCUCUCUCUCUUGUUAAUACCUCUUGCUCAUUUAUUCAUCUCAUGUUAAUAAACAUGUACAUAGAAACCAAAAAUUUCAUCGACAC